UCUCAGGACCAUCACCACAGCAGCAGCAGCAGCAACCAGCUGAACAACCCAACAGGCAACAUGACUUCCAGCAACAUGAACAUGAUGGGCAGGAUCGUCUUCUACGAGGACAGAAACUUCAUGGGUCGUUCCUAUGAGUGCAGCAGCGACUGUGCCGACAUGUCCUCCUACCUGAGCAGGUGUCACUCCUGCAGGGUGGAGAGGGGCUGCUUCAUGGUCUACGACCGCACCAACUACAUGGGCAACCAGUACUUCAUGAGGAGGGGAGAGUAUGCUGACUACAUGAGCAUGUUCGGCAUGAGCGACUGCAUCAGGUCCUGCCGCAUGAUCCCCAUGUACCGUGGAUCUUACAGGAUGAGGAUCUAUGAGAGGGAUAACUUCGGUGGUAUGAUGCAUGAGAUGAUGGACGACUGCGACAACAUCAUGGACCGUUACCGCAUGUCCAACUGCAUGUCCUGUCACGUGAUGGACGGCCACUGGCUGAUGUACGAGCAGCCCCACUACAGAGGCAGGAUGAUGUACUUCAGGCCUGGAGAGUACAGGAACUUCAUGAACAUGGGCAUGGGCAUGGGCAUGGGCAUGAGCGGCAUGAGGUUCAUGAGCAUGAGGCGUAUCAUGGACUCCUACUACUAG